AUGGUAAAACUUCUUUCCAACCUAAAGAAAGUCCAGAUAGAGGGUUGUUAUGGUAUUGAAGAACUUGUUUCAAACAGAGACGAUAGAGACGAAGAACAUACUACAUCUACAUCUACCCACACAAGCACCUAUCUCUUCCCUCUUCUUGAUUCUCUCAUUUUAGAUGGCCUGAAAAGUCUCAAGUAUAUUGGUGGUGGUGGUGCCAAAGGCAGGAACAAUGAAAUAUAUUUCAGUAGUACCACUACAAUUUUCUCAAGGGGAUGGUGUUUCUUAGAGCUUAUGCCAAUAGCCCAAUACCCUAGAAAGAUAAGUAUAUGUUGUUGUUAUGCAUUGUCAAGUGUGAUUCCAUGCUAUGUAGCAGGACAAACACAAAAGCUUCAUGUGCUGAAAAUAACGCUUUGCAACGGGAUGAAGGAGGUGUUUGAAACUCAAGGGGUCAACAAAAGUGUUAUUAUGUUGAAACUGACCAACCUAAAGAUAUUGAAUAUCAACAGUUGUGCCCUUCUGGAACACAUAUUCAAAAUUUCCACACUUGAAAGCCUCGUACAACUUGAAGAGUUAAGGAUAAAGAAUUGCAAGGCAAUGAAAGUGAUUGUGGUGAAGGCAGAAGAACCUGGGGUAGAGAAAACAAAAAACGCAUCUUCUUCUAAGGCUGUGGUGAAGUUUCCUCGUCUAAAGUGUAUUGAAUUAUUCAAUCUACGUGAGCUGGUGGGUUUCUUUUUAGGGACGAAUCAUGAGUUCCAGUGGCCUUCGUUGGAAAAGGUUGUGAUAUAUGAUUGCCCAGAGAUGAAGGUGUUCACAGCUGGUGGGUCAACAGCUCCACAGCUUAAGUAUGUGGAAACAAAUUUAGGCAAAUAUAGUCCUCCUGGAAGUUGGUUUAAUACUACACCUGGGCAGCAUCAGGAGAUCUCAUGCCCGGGUGUAGGAAGUAGAAGCUCCUCAUGCUCCGCUCCUAAUACUUCAGAAGAGAGCAAUAUUUGGUCUUUUCAUAAUCUGAUCGAAUUACAUGUGAAAUCUAAUGAUGAUGUUAAAAAGAUUAUUCCAUCGAGUGAAUUGCUACAACUGCAAAAGCUGGACAGGAAUGCAAAAGAGAUAAUUUCAAGAGUUCAUUUGGCAUCUCCGAUCUGCAACCAACCGGCGACUGCCUCCGCCAACGACAUCGCCUCCGCCAUCGCCGUCGGAAGCAAAGCCCUCCAGCUCCUCCAAAGUCGUCGACGCAACAUACUUCUCCCUCCUACUGCCUGUCCGACCUGCAAACCACCAACGACAACCAGCAUCGCCUCAGUCUCUUGUCGCCGCCACCAACGACAACGAUUUCAGCUUUUUUUCACUCAAGUUUUGGACAAAAAUCUACAGCCAAAAGGGCUGGUCAUGUCUUCCCACCAGGGGAGACUUAUGACUUCUCAUGGCUUUCCGCCUACUUGGAUCACAUCUGACGGAAGGAAUAACGGAAACAGAAGGAUAAAGCAAAAGGAAGUUCUUGAGGCUUAUCAGUUGAUUGGGAGCCAACCUGAGCACUGGGUUAAUGAGAAGUCUUGGACCGUAUUUGACAAAUAUGAGAAGGCAAUGUGUGAGAAAUAUGGCCCCGACCCUAGUCAACAUCCGUUGGGUGAUGUUGAAAUAUGGGAGCAUUGUGUUGACGGGAGAAAGAAGGGGCGAGUUUAUGGGGUAGGAUCAUCAGAUCCGGGCAACGUCGUGUCGGGGACAUCUUACGAGUGUGGCUCAUCAUCCCAUGAUUAUGCCUUAUAUCAAAAGAAGAUAAAUGAAUUAGAGAGCAUGUUGGAACGAGAAGUGAAGAAACGGGAGGAAAUAGAAGCCAAUUUUGAUAUUCACCGGAAGAUAAAAAGAUGUGGAAUCCACGAGAAAGAAUUCUCUAUUGGUUGUUGACAAUAUUUGACAAUAUGGAUUGAAAUUUUUGGUAUUUGACAAUAUGGAGUUAUAGAUUUAAAAUGAUUGAAAUUUAUGGAUUUACUUUUAUAUUUGGUGGUUAAUAUAGAUUU